GCUUGAGGACGUGGCUUGAGGGAUGCGCGUUCCCCCUGGAAGCUUCCCAUGGUCGGCGGGGGCGCGGAGGCAGCAAUAGUGGAGUGGACGGUGGCCGAGAGGAGUCCAGCGAAAAGAGCGGAGGCCGCGCGAUGAAGCCUUGAUGGUCCCUCCUGCAGAUGAGCUGAAGAUGGCCGGCAGACAUGAGGCUCGGAGUUACCUGAAACCAGCAUCGUCCACGACCUCGGGUCACAGCUAUCACUUUGCCUCCAUGGCUAACUCUGAGAAUGACGUGUCAGAAGAAGAGGCCGAGGAAUAUGAACUGCGACCACGAGGGAGAGAGAAGACGAGGAGAAGCACGUCCAGAGAACGUCUUGAUGACAUUAUAGUUAUCAUUAAGGACAUUGUGGAAGGGGACACAUUAAAUUCAAUAUCUCUACAGCAUUGUUGUACUGUCGCAGACCUCAAGAGAGCCAACAACCUCAUUAAUGAACAGGACUUUUACGCCUUGCGGUCAAUAAAAAUUCCAGUAAAGAGGUUUAGUUUACUGACCGAGACCCAUUUUUCCCCAAAAGGAAAGAUGUCAAGGACUGUGUCUACCCAGCCUCCUCUAGAAGCCCAGGAACUCUACCCAGCACUUGAAGGACUUUCUAAGGAGACUGUUGAUUCUUUCUUACAGGAAGUAGACAGAGACAUUGAACAGAUUGCGAGGGUCACAGACAUGAAGAAGGAAAGUCUGCACGAAGUGGUCUCCGCCCUAAGUCAAGAACUCCAUUUUGAAACGGAGCCUAAAGUGGCCCGACCAAAAGAUCCUUAUCAUGGAGCGGACUGGGGCUUGGGCUGGUGGACAGCAGUUGUCAUUAUGGUCAUUGUGGGAAUAAUCACACCAGUAUUUUAUUUCCUUUAUUAUGAAGUUCUAAACAAGGAACCACCUGAAUCUAACUCAUCCCACAUAGGCUGAUUUUUGCACAGUUUGCUGUUGAAUUCAAAGUGCAAUUAUCCUGUGAGGCAGAACCAGCCUUGUAUCCUUGUGAGAAGGAAUGGACUGCCGAGCAGAGAAAACACUUUAAAGGGUUAUCUCAUAAGCUACACUUAGCACCUGUCCAUAGCAUAGGUGGUAAGUGUCUGAUCGUUUUGGAUCUGAAUGCUGGUACACCCAUUGAUCACAACAAGAGGCGUCCCCGUUUGAAUGUAAACUAAAGUGCUUGACUACCUCCGUCUAUGCCGUAGACUUUGAAUGAAGCAGUAAUGUGCAUGAAUGACCACAGAUCCUUUCAACCUGAGGACAAGUGACCUCUCUUCCUGUCAUCGGUGAGGGUCCCAGCAGUCUGGUCCCACGUGAUAAGUGUUAAUUUUGAGACAACCACUUUAAGGGUAGUAUUUUAUUUACAGAAAUUUAGGUGUUUUUUUUAAGCAGAAAAGUUAGCAGCCAGAUGAUAUUAAACACUCUACAAACACUGCCUUUGGCCAACUUCACAUGAGAAAUACGCUCCGUGUGUCAGAGGUAUUUCUCGUUCUAAAUGCAUUAGGCCUCAUGUACACGACCGUAUUUUGUUUCCGUGUCCGAUCCGUUUUUUUUUUUUUUUGCGGAUAGG